ACCUAAUGACGAAGGCUAAAUAAUGCGUAUCAGAAGUUAUUAACAAUCCGACUCUUCGCUUAUCUCUCUCUCUGGAACUACCGUUUCUCCUCCCGCAGUAUCGUCAACUUUCGAACGAAACCAAAACCUUAAUUCACCCAAAUACACUCUUUUCAUUAACGAGAUAGGUUCAUUGGAAAAGACGAAGAGUAUUAGGUUUUUUUGUGGGAUUCACACCAUCGGUUCUUACAGAGAUCUAGAGGACACUAAAAGAAACUAAAAAUUUCAGUUCUUUUCAUCUACCCUAUCUAUCAAAGUCGGUUCCUUUUCCCUUUGUUAUCUGCUGAGAAUCAAAGCCAAUGGAUUUCGAAUAAAGCAAAGACCUUUGAUUAACUAAUUUGAGUUUGAGACAAUAAAACAUCCAUUGAUCUAAGGAUAUGUAUAACAGUAAUAGAGUGCAAGUGUACCAUGAAGAUGUGAGGGUUGGGGAGAUGGAGAUACACCCUCUAAAGGAAGACGAUGUGUUGAAGGAGAGGAAGAAGAGAGUAAUGGAGGAAGUGAAGAUGGGAAUCAAAAUUAGCGGUUUUUCUCAACCAAGCAAGAGAUGCACUCCUCUUUCAGUACUUACUACCAUUUCAUCUUCUGGACUUUGUUUCAAACUUGAAGCUACUACUGCUGCUCAUGACCCUCUCAGUGUCUUCCACUCGUCGUGUCUUAGGGACCAGAAGACUGCAGUAAUGUCCCUUGGUGGAGAAGAGCUCCAUUUGGUUGCCAUGUGCUCGGAGGAUAUCAACAAUGACCGUCCUUGUUUCUGGGCGUUUACUGUUGCUCCUGGAAUGUAUGAUUCCUGUCUUGGCAUGUUGAAUCUUAGAUGCCUGGGGAUUGUGUUUGAUCUUGAUGAGACCCUCGUAGUGGCCAAUACCCUGCACACAUUUGAGGUUAAAAUGGAGGGGUUGCUCCGGAGAAUGAGCAGCGAGGUGGACCCUCGACGCCGUGCCGUUAUGGUGGCUCAGAUGAAGCGUUAUCAGGAUGACAAAAAUCUGUUAAAGCAAUACGUUGAAAGUGACCAGGUUGUUGAAAACGGGGAGGUGAUUAAAGCACAGUCUGAAAUUGUCCCUGCCUUGUCUGACAACCAUCAGCCUCUUGUUCGUUCUCUGAUAAGGUUGCAAGAGAAGAACAUUGUCUUGACUCGCAUUAAUCCAAUGAAACGUGAUACAAGUGUUCUUGUGAGGUUGAGGACUUCAUGGGAGGAACUUCGAAGCUAUUUGACAGCAAAAGAGCAGCGCAAGCGUUUUGAAGUAUAUGUUUGCACAAUGGCUGACAAAGAUUACGCCUUAGAGAUGUGGAGGCUCCUCGAUCCAGAAGGGAAUUUGAUAAACGCAAAUGACUUGCUGGCUCGCAUUGUUUGUGUGAAAUCUGGUUUUAAGAAGUCAUUGUUCAAUGUGUUUCUCAAUGCCACCUGCCAUCCGAAGAUGGCACUGGUAAUUGAUGAUCGCCGGGAAGUUUGGGACGAGAAGGAUCAGCCAAGGGUGCAUGUGGUUCGUGCAUUUGCUCCCUACCAUUCUCCUAAAGCUGAAGCAGCUGCAACACCGGUACUGUGCGCUGCCAAAAAUCUUGCUUGCGUUGUCAGAACUGGAUUUUUCAAGCAUUUCGAUGAUAGUCUGCUACCAAGGAUUGCUGAAAUAUCUUAUGAGAAUGAUGUUGAAGAUAUUCCAUCACCUCCUGAUGUAAGCCAUUACUUGGUGUCUGAGGACGUGACAUCUGGUUUAAAUGGAAACAAAGAUCCACUUUCUAGUGACAAGAUGGCUGAUGCUGGAGUGGGGAGAAUACUGAAGGAGGCAAUUUGUGGAUCUUCAGCUGCCCUUCCGGCGGCAAAUACAGAUCCAAGAAUAGCUGCUCCCGUUCAGCAACCCAUUGCUUCUGCUUCUUAUGUUUCCGCUCCAGUACCAGUACCAGUACCAGUACCAGCACCAGUCCCAGUCCCAGUCAUGCAACAAGCACCGCAACCCAUUGCUUCUGCUUCUUAUGUUUCCGCUCCAGUACCAGUACCAGUACCAGCACCAGUCCCAGUCCCAGUCAUGCAACAAGCACCGCAACCAUCAGCUAUCGCCCUUCCAAGCAUUCAGUUUCAACAACCGGCAAUAGUAGCUACACACUUGGUUCCCUCAGAGACAAGUUUGCAAAAUUCUCCGGCUAGUGAAGGUGAGGUACCUGAAUCAGAGUUAGAUCUAGAUACCAGGAGGAGGCUCCUCAUAUUGAAACAUGGACAAGAUCCCAGAGAUGCUGCUCCAAGUGAACCUUCAUUUCCAAAGAGACCGCCAGUUCAAGCUCCACCUCCACGUGUGCAGCCAAGAAAUGGUUGGUUUGCUGCUGAGGAGGAGAUGGAUCCAAAAACAGAGAAUCCCGUUGGAUUACUGCAUGAGAUUGCUAUUAAAUGUGGAACUAAGGUGGACUACAAACCGGGUUUGGUUGCUAGUACAAAUAUGCGGUUCUCUAUUGAGGCUUGGUUUUGUGGUAAAAAAAUUGGAGUAGGGAUUGGCAAAUCGAGACGAGAAGCCCUGCAGAAGGCUGCUGAAUUUUCAAUCCAGAACUUAGCUGAUAUAUAUUUGUCUCGUGAAAAUGGCGAUGCAGGACCAAGUCACAGGGAUGCAGGCCCCCUUACUAAUCAGCCAUCUGCCGGAGAUGAAACAGCGAUGCCAGUUGCUACAUAUACAAGAUUAGAAGGCUCUAUUAGGCACAAUGGCUCCAUUCCUACGCUCAGGGAACUGUGUGCAUCGGAAGGUUGGGAGCUGUCUUUUCAAUCUCAGCGUCCACUUCAUUCUGACAUGGUCCACACUGAAGAAUUUCAUGCUAAGGUUGCAAUAAAUGGACGUGUUUUAGGGGAAGGAGUUGGAUCAACAUGGGAGAAAGCUAGAAUGAAUGCUGCUGAGAGAGCACUGGGUAAUGUGGGACCAUUGCUUCAACGACAAGUAUCUUCAAGAUCGUUCGGUGGGAAGUCAAACAAGCGUCUGAAGCCAAACUUUCAACGGUCCAUGCAACGGAUGGCAUCUUCAGGAAGAUCCUCUUAACAAAAAUCAUGUCUGCAUUUUAAUUCCAUUGUCUCUUACUUUAAAAGCUACAUAGACAAUAUCUUUGACAAGUUCCCUUUUGUUCCCCAAACAGUUAAUCAGUCAUAGAGAGACAGAUUAUGCUUUUUUUGUUUUGUGUAAUUACUUGUUUUAACUCAA